CGUCUUGACGCAAAACCUCUGCAGUGUUGUCGUGAAACUUGACUGGCUGGUUUUAGGACCCAGAGUUUGACAAAUCAGUGAUCUGGGUGUGUAGAGCUGCUCUAUCCAUAAAGAACAGAUCGCCUUUAGGAAACUGCUGCUUCUACUUUUAUCUUUACCUCAGCAGCCGGUCUUUUUUUCCCUCUGUACCUUUCCUCUGGACCUAUUCAGCGUCUUUGUUCCGAGUUCUCAAGAUGUUUUUGGCCAACAAACUUAUUAAAGGGUUCAUAGAUGUUGUCAGCAACGUCGACCAGUUUAUUCCCUCUGAUCCUCCUCCUCCUAAAAGACCACUUGCAUACGCAAACCCAAAUGAAACCGAUGAAGAAAGGCAGUUUCGCAGGGUGUUUCAACAACUUGCAGGGGAUGACAUGGAGGUGAGCCCUAAUGAACUGAUGAGCAUCCUUAACAAGAUUAUUUCCAAACAUGGUGAUCUGAAGACAGAUGGUUUCACUGUGGAGUCCUGCAGAAGCAUGGUGGCAGUGAUGGAUAGUGACAGUACUGGAAAACUGGGAUUUGAAGAAUUCAAGUAUCUUUGGAAUAACAUCAAGAGGUGGCAGGGCAUUUACAAGAAUUUUGAUGCUGAUCGCUCUGGUGUGAUUGGGUCCGAUGAGUUACCUGGAGCUUUUAAAGCAGCAGGGUUCCCACUCAAUGACCAGCUUUUCCAGUUGAUCGUCAGGCGAUAUAGUGAUGAAAAGGGCAACAUGGACUUUGACAAUUACAUCGGUUGUCUUGUGCGCCUGGAUGCUAUGUGUCGUGCCUUCAAGACACUUGAUAAAGACAACAAUGGCACCAUUAAAGUCGACAUUCAAGAGUGGUUGCAGCUGACAAUGUACUCCUGAAUAUAAAAGAAUAUCCUUCGCCAUCUUGAUUAUAUUCUUUUGUCAGUUCCUCUUUGUGGCCUGUCAUUGUCAAAUGUCUUUGUUUUAAUAACUGACAUAAUUAUUUGUUUCAUUGUUCGCUAUGACAGCAUGAUCAUACUGUGCCUUUACACUAGGUGGCAGCUUUGUUGCAACACUUGUUUGCAUCUGUAGAGGUUCAGUUUAUGCCAUAUUUCCAUAUUUUAUUCCAUGCCAUUGUGCCCUUUUCAUUUAUUCCAUGGUUUUAUCAUUUACAAAGAGCAUUCAACCAAAGUUUAAAAACCAUGUUCAGAAUAGAAUAGUUUUAGAAUACAUAAUAGCUAUUAAGUACAUUCCAGAGCCAUAUUAUUUAAUCACUGAGAAUGAGUCAGCUGUCGGUUUUGCGGAGUUAUUGUGCUGAUGCUCAAAUAAACGUUAUUUGUUUUGGACAUACAAA